GAAAAAUAUCUGUAGAUGUUUUUCUGCACAUGCGCAGAAGGGAGAUGCCAUAUUGAAUCAGGAGCAGCAGCCGAAAGACGUCCCUCGCGCUGCUCUGCUCGAGACGGAGAGGCGACCCGAACCACUUGGACAGCUGCAGUCAGGGAAAGUCGGAGAUGCAGUGAAGUGACGACACAUCUGGGCUCAAAGCGUGACAGGAAGAGGAGGCGCAGGAUGCAGGAGGAGGAGCAGCCGUCGGCCCCGACUGCAGUGAUGUCACACUAUCCGACCAAUGGGAAAGAAGAAGAGGUGAACACAGACCCAGAUUCCAUGGAGGUCGAGGAGGCGGAGUUUAACUGGGAGGAGUUCAUGGAGGAGACGGGGGCCAACGCCGCCCCUCACACCACCUUCAAACACGUGGAGGUGAGCCUGCAGAGCAGCUUCCAGCCGGGCAUGAAGCUGGAGGUGGCCAAUAAGAGCGGCCCGGACUCGUACUGGGUCGCCACCAUCAUCACCACCUGCGGCCAGCUGCUGCUGCUGCGCUACAGCGGCUACGGCGAGGACCGCAAGGCCGACUUCUGGUGCGACGUCAUGACGGCCGAGCUGCACCCGGUGGGCUGGUGCACCCGGAACGGCAAGACCCUCAUGCCCCCCGAAGAUAACAUUUACCUAAGAAAAGCCAUCAAGGAGAAAUACGGCGACUGGACAGAAUUCCUCGUUCAGGACCUGACCGGCGCCAGGACGGCACCGGCCAACCUGCUGGAGGGGACUCUGAGGGGUAAAAACACCGUGGACCUGAUCGUGGGGGGCUCGGUUCUGGAGAUGCGGGACCUCUCGGACCCGUUCCUUUACUGGCCGGUCCGGGUCGUGCAGAACGUGGGAGGGAGGCUCCGACUGCGCUACGCCGGCCUCACCGACGACCAGCGGGCUCAGGACACCUGGCUGUUCUACCUGGACGUCAGGCUCCGCCCCCUCGGCUGGGCUCGGGAGAACCGGCUCGCCCUGGAACCGCCCACAGGGUUCAGGUCUCUGAAGACCCCCCCAGACUGGCAGCAGGCUCUGGAGGAGGCUCAAGUCCACGGAGAGAAGAACCCGCUGCCACUAGAGGUCUUCAAGGACCACGUGGACGUCAGCGAGCACGCCUUCCAGGCGGGGAUGAAGCUGGAGAUGGUUUCUGCGUGGGCGGAGCUACAGAUCUGCCCCGUUUCUGUCACCAAGGUCUACAGCAGGUUCUUCUUCCAGGUGACGCUGGACGACCUCUCCGCCGGCGCCGCUCCGCGCUCCGUGGUGUGUCACGCCGGCUCGCCGGGCAUCCUGCCCGUCCAGUGGAGCCUGAAGAACGGCGUGGGGCUGGAGCGGCCCCGGGGCUACGGGGGCCACGACUUCGACUGGGCCGACUACCUGAAGCAGGGCGGGUCGCUGGCCGCCCCCGACGCCUGCUUCCCCGACACAUGGCAGAACAGGGACUUUGCCAAGGACAUGUGGCUGGAGGCGGUGAACCCUCACCGGCCCGCCGAGGUGUGUGUGGCCCAGAUCACACAGGUCAGAGGACGCCUGCUGUGGCUGCGACUGGAAGGUGUGGCGAAACCGCAGUCCGAGUGCAUCGUGGACGUCGAGUCCACGGACAUCUUCCCUGUCGGCUGGUGCGAGGCUAACGCUUACCCUUUGACCCCUCCACUCAAACCCGUCUGCCAGAAGCAGAAGAAGAUCGCGGUGGUCCAGCCAGAGAAACAGUUGGCUCCGUUCCAGCCGGCGGAGACGACUCCCGUCACCCUCUGCCCGCCCGCCGCCGCGCCCGUCGCCAUGGAUACAGGCUCGGCCAACGGGAGGUACUGCUGCUCCAAGAUCUACGUCAACCACCGCUGCUUCUCGGGGCCGUACCUCAACAAGGGGCGCAUCGCCGAGCUGCCGCAGGCCGUCGGCCCCGGGAAGUGCACGCUGGUCCUCAAGGAGCUGCUGAGCAUGCUGAUCAACGCCGCCUACAAGCCUGGACGGGUCCUGAAGGAGCUGCAGGAGGUGGAGGAUCAGAGCUGGGACUGCCAAGAGGAGACCCUCAAAGCCAAAUAUAAAGGGAAAACGUAUCGCUCCACCAUCCGGAUCGUCCGCCUCGCCGAGCAGAUCCCCGACUUCUGCCGCAAGGUGUGCGUGAAGCUGCAGUGCUGCAUGAACCUCUUUGGCCCCGCCCUCGUGGCCGACAAGUGCCCCGAGAAUUGCGCCGUUCAGACCAAGACCAAAUACACCUACUACUACGGGAAGAAGAGGAAGCUGUCCAAGCCGGCGGGCGGCGAGGAGGAGGCGGCGGCGGAGGGAGAGCCGGCCAAGCCGGCGCGCCGCAGGAAGAAGAGGAAGGCCAUCUUCGUGCUGAAGAAGAGGCGCUCGUCCACGGUGGACUACGCGCCCGCCGGCUCGCCGCAGGACAGCGAGGAGGACGAGGACAUACAGUCGGGCAGCGAGGGCACCAGCUCGGAGCCCCGCGAGGACCACACCGACGCCUCCUCGGUGGAGGCGACCAGCAGCCGCCCCCGCCGGGCCGCCGCGCUACGCAGGAGCUUGGGCGCCGCGGGGGGGCGGGACGCCGGCGAAGCGCGCAGGAGGUCGACCCGCUCGCUGUCGGCCUGCAGCCACAACAACAAGUAUCAGCCGCCCAAAAGACCGGACGCACAGGUGGAGGAAGAGGAGGGUCAGCUGGUGCUGGACAGCAAUCCUCUGGAGUGGAGCGUAGACGAAGUCGUUCAGUUUAUCAACUCUACUGACUGUGCGGCGCUCGCCAACAUCUUCCAGGAGCAGGACAUGGACGGCCAGGCCAUGCUGCUGCUCACGCUGCCCACCGUGCAGGAGUGCAUGGACCUGAAGCUCGGCCCCGCCAUCAAGCUGUGCCACCAGAUAGAGCGCGUCAAGGUGGCCUUCUACAAGCAGUACGCCAACUGAGCCCCUCCCCCGGUGAGGGAGGGGUCUCCGGGAUGUUUCGGGAGUUUUCACGCGCGCGAUGAGAAGAAACAGGAUGUUUCGGUUCGCGCUGGAGGAGCAAACGAAGUUCCAGCAGCAGGGCGGCCCUCCUGCGCCAGAUGUUGAAGGAUUAACCUCUGGGAGAAUGAACGCGUGACGCAGGACUCGGGCAGAAGGAAACACGGAUCUGUGUGCUUUGUUUUUUAAUGACGAGGAAAAGCUGAGGACUCGGUUCUGAAGACAUUUGGGUUUCUUUUCAUUUCCAUUUCAUUUGUGAUUGAGGAGCGUUGUCGCGUCGAUGAGCUUUCCCCUCUUUUUGUGUGACAUUAUUGGUUCUGGAAAAGUAUAUUUGAAGGUAUUUAACAAACCAAGGAGUAAUAUAUUUGAAAUAUUUAUUGUAAUCCUUAUAAAUGAGCAGUCAUCUGUCCAUUUGGAUCCAGAGAAAAUAAUUGAUCAGUUGAAUAAUACUGUUAAUGUUUCUGCUGAAACAAACCCCGAAAUGAUAUUUCAAAAACAGGAUGUGCGACUAUUAAGAUUCAGAAACACGGCGUCACUCACUUCUCACAUGACAAACAAUCAUCGGAGCUACUUCGUGUCCAUCUAUGCAAACGUUGCAGAUAUUUUUGAUAAAAUAAAUUUCUAUUGAUUUUUCAUA